AUGUGUGCUAACACGGCAGAGUCUUCCAUUCGAAAAGAUUUAAAUAAUCGAAAACGUCGAAGUGAUGUCCGUUUGAGUACCACUAAUCAAAAGUAUAUGACGCCAUCACCCGGUAAUGGAAGAUCAUCAUCCGAGAGACUUUCCUCAAAGAUGAAUUAUCAGUCACUCAGUUAUACGGAUUUGCUAAUUUGUGGAUAUAUGAUUAAGUUACCACCAAAUAUACAACCAUAUGCUACGCAACGAACAAUGAUUGCAAAAAUUCUUACUACUUUAAAGAAUAAACUUAAUGCGCUGAUUGAAAGCCCAACAGGGAGUGGCAAAACACUUGGACUUUUAUCAGCAAGUUGUGCUUGGCUUGAAAGAUACAAAAGAGAACGUACACAAUCGCGAAAUGAAUGCAGAGCAUGUCGAGGUGAUGUUAACAGUGGAUAUAUUGAGAAUAAAAUUACAGAUCAAAUCAUAUUGUUUGGUGAAUUAAGCGAUAAUGAUAUGAGUGAUAAUAACAGUAAGAAUAAGAAUGCUGCAUCAGCUGAUUGUAGAUGUGAUGCCGAAUCAUUUUCUACAUUAGAAGAUGAAUUUGAGAAUGAUUUUUGCGCAGUUACAAGCUCAUCAAUCGCAUCGAAUAAGUUAGAGGGUAUUGCCUCAUUGGAUGAUAGCAAAAUUGUGAAGAAAAAUGAGGAAGAAGGCCACACUUGUUUACCACGUAUAACAGUAUACUAUGGAAUGCGAACACAUAAACAAAUUAGCCAAGUAGUAAAAGAAUUCUCACGCUUACCGUAUGGACAGGAAGGCAUCAUAAAGCACACAAUAUUGGCAAGUCGUGAACAUAUGUGUAUCAAUCCAGCAAUACGUGCUAGUGAUGAUAUCAAUACUAAAUGUAAAGAAUUCAUAUCUUCGGAUGGGAUUGGUUGUUUAUACAAAAAUUCAAUGCGUGGAAAAUAUGAAAGACCGAAUGCAAUAAGACGUUUGGUUGCACAAACUACUGGAAAGACGAAUUGUAUCUGGGAUGUAGAGGAUCUUGUUGAAGCAUUAAAAUGUUCCACACCACCACUUUGUCCCUAUUUUUCAACAGCUCGAGUACUUCUCGAUGAUGCUGAUAUUAUUUUUUGCCCGUUUUCUUAUCUUAUUGAUCCUAUUAUCCGCGCUAGUUCUGGUUUAAGCCUGAAAAACGCAGUAGUUAUCCUCGAUGAAGCGCAUAACGUAGAAGAUGUUUGCCGUGAAGCUGUUAGUUUUACAUUCAUGGAGCGUGAACUGGUUGACGCAGCUGCAGAUUUAUAUAAGAAAGCAACAGAACUUGAAAAAGAGCUCGCAAAAGUGGAUGCUAAAAUUGUUGCGGAAGAAGGAUUGAUUGAAACAGAAGAUAACAGAACGGGAAGAUAUAAAGAAUAUUUGGAAAUGAUGAAGGGCCAUUUUAAAACAGUAAUUAAUUUUUUAAACAAAAUAUUGGACUGGUUUGUGAGUAUAUCAUCGAAUGCGCUGCAAUCGGCACCAAUGAAAAAGGAUCGGCUUACCUAUACUUACAGUUGGGAAAAGCUUUUUACAACAUUCCUGAGCAACGACUUGAAUAUAUUUGACAAAACCGGUAAAGGAACCGCUUAUUCGGGUCUGUUGGAAGCAUUUGUAUCUAUUACUGGUGCAGGUAAUGAAAAUGAUGAGUUUCAGUCCUGCUUAAAAUAUUAUAAGCCCUGUGCUACAACAGCUGUUUGUGUGGAAAAGUUUUUGUAUUUUUUCAAGUCAUAUUUUCGAGAUGAUAAUCGUACUGCUUAUAAACUCUUUAUAUGUAUCGACAAGCCAUUUGUACCAUAUUCUCAAUCAACUAUUUUUGAUACAGUAAAGAACUCGUUAAAUAAUGUUGAGAUCUUAGAUAUGAGUUCAUACGAUAAAGAAAAGGAAGUAUGGUUAGAUUCAAAGACGCGUCUGAAAGGAUAUCGCGAAGUGAAGUAUGGCUAUCGUGUUGCAAUCAGUUUUUGGUGUAUGCGCCCAUCGCUGGCUUAUGCAGAUGCAUUCAAAGGAUGUCGCAGCGUUAUUUUAGCUUCCGGUACACUUUCCCCAACGGACACUCUUCGUACCGAACUUGGUACUACUUUUCAGCAAGAAAUGGAGGGAUAUCAAAUUAUACCAAAUGAACAAAUUUUCGCUGCAGUAAUUCCAUCUGGACCAAGCGGUGAAAAAUUAUGUGGUACUUACAGAAUUAUCAACCGAGAUGAUCGAUUUAUACGGGAAAUUUCAUUGAUUCUGAGCCAUAUUUGUAAAAUAAUACCAAAAGGUGUAUUAUGUUUUUGCUCAAGUUAUCGUGUCUUGGAUCAAAUUUAUGAAUAUAUGGAAACGAUGGGUAUUUUAAGACAAAUACAAAAUAUCAAGGUUGUUUUGAAAGAACCACGACGUUCAUCACUAAUGAGUGCUGUUAUGAUGCAGUAUGAAAAUGCAAUUGUUAAUCCCUUGAACUUCGGACCACAGUGUACCGGCGCAUUGAUGAUGGCAGUUUUUAGAGGCAAAGUAUCGGAAGGCAUCGAUUUCACUGACGAUAGAGCUCGUUGCGUGGUGACAGUUGGUAUACCAUUUCCCAAUGCUAUGGAUGAGCAAGUUGUUGAAAAGAAAAAGUAUAACGAUGAUUACUGUGCGAAAUUACGGAUCUUGUCGGGUGAUGAAUGGUAUACGAUGCAAGCAUAUAGAGCUCUCAAUCAAGCCUUGGGAAGAUGUUUACGACACCGUUCCGAUUGGGGGUCGAUUUUGAUGCUUGAUGAACGAUUGUUGCAAACACAAACAAAUCCAAAUGCCAAAAAAAUUUCACGAUGGAUACGCGAGCAGUUGCGACCAUUAACAAAUUAUGAACAUUUCCUUAGUGAAUUAACCAAUUUCGUUAACCAAAUGGAAACCAGGAAUUCGCACUUACUCAAUGAUAAGAACUUCAGUGCUAUGAAUGUUGUUGAUGAUGAGAAGUAA